UUGGAAAGUGACAACUUUGACAAUCAGCUGUUACGCGAGAAAUAAACAAAAAUUGCGUUAAAAUUUUAUUUUUGUGGCAAAAUUCAAUUUUAUUAAAAUGACUUCCGAGGAUGACACAAUAAUUUGCAACGAGACAGCCAAACCACGUAAGAUAAAGCCACAGAACAUUGUAAAUCGCCUCAUUGAGAGGGAAACAUGGGGCUUCCGGAGGCCAGGAAGUAAUAUCUACAAUGUGAAGAAGUUCUACCAGAAUAUCUUCCCAAAUCUAACUGUUGUGAAUGUCGAGAAGCCCGCGUGUUUCCUCCGGAAGUUCACGCCCGACGGGAAGUACCUCAUUGCAUUCUCCUUCGAUCAGACUUCGUUGGAAAUCUACAAAUAUCAGGGAGUCACAUCCGCACUGUCCCUGACGUACUCCUGGGAAUCCGACAUAAUCCCCAAUUCGGAGUCUGGAGUGCCAAAUCUCGUGCGACACAUGAUCUUCGAUAAGCUGUUCAAGCUGAAACACGUUGUGAAUAUGACGUGUCCCUACAAACAGCUAAAUCGUGAAUGCAGCCUGUUCACGAACGACGGGCGCUACGUGAUUGUCGGGGCUGCCACAUUCAUCCCCGAGGAUCGGCCGUACUUCUAUGAAAUGUACAGAAACAAUGAAUCCCUCACGCCGACGCAGAGGUGCCUCCUUGAGGACUACACCCUGUACGUGGUGGACCUCCACAAUGGGGUCCUGUCGGACUUUCGGGACUUCAAAGUGGACAAAAUCUUCCUGUCACACAAUCAGGGACUCUACCUGUACAACACCACACUAGCCGUGCUCUCCGUCCAGCAUCAGCUAAUCCACAUCUUCGAAAUUCAUCGCGGGAAGCUCUACCGGCUCCGGACGAUCGGAAGAUUCUGCUCAGAACCUUCUCCAUAUCCACCCCCAAUUUAUUCGCCGCGCGAUAAUCGUUCGGAGCCACCAGCUUUCAGGGAAGUCACCAUCAAUACGCUCAAGCACAGACUCCUUGUUUUCCUCUAUAGGCGCGCAAAGCACCUGCACGAUCACUUCGGGGACAAGCUGGCUCUCCGGAAGUUCUAUCAGCACUUUGAUCAUUACCGACAGCUGAGGAUGUGGAAGAUGCAAUUGCUGGAUGAUGAUCAUUUAUUGAUCAAGUAUUCCAGCGAGGAGGUUGUGACGCUGAAGCACGCCGAGCCGAGUAGUCAGCCGUGUUUCUUUGUCAUUUACAACAUUUGGGAGACGAGUGUGUUGGCUGUGUAUGACAAUGCGUCCGAGGAGCUGCUGUACCUCUUUGAGAACUUCUGCGAUCACUUCCGCAAUGCCAAAUCCAAUUCCGGAUUCCAAUAUACGGCAUCUCCGUCCAAUAAUAUGUACGCUAAGCUCAUUCAGCAGCGUUUCCAGCAGACCAUCAUGAAUGCAAAGGGUGGUGGGAAGGUGGAGGCAACAAAGCGAAUCCUCGCGCAGCUUCCAAUCAGUUCUCAAAGCUUCAGCAGCUCCCCGUACCUUGAUCUAUCGCUCUACAGCUACGACGAUAAGCUGGUGUCUGUGAUGGAGAGACCAAAGGCGUGCACAGAGUACCCAAUCAGAUUCUUUGCGCGAGAUUCUGGUUUCCUAAAGUUCAGGAUAUUUCCGGGAUUGCAGGGAAAGUACCUCCAGCCAUCGUCUCGUCACCUCGUAGCCUUCACCUUCCACCCCACGGAUCCCUUUGCAAUCAGCGUCCAACGAAUAAAUACAGAUUAUAUCGUCAAUUUUCACAUCCGGAACGCAACUUAGGAAACAAUAAAAAUUGACGUUUUUUAGCGAAA